AUGAGUCAAAGGAAGAGGACCUCUUAUAGAAAACAAGAUCUCGAAGAAGCUGUAUUAGCAUAUAAAAAUAAAGAAAUGACAUCAGUUGAAGCUGCAAAAAAAUAUCGUGUACCGGAAUCAACUAUUCGAAGACAUAAAUCGAAUCCAGCAGAAAAAAUAGGUGCUGGGCGUCCUAAUCUAUUAAAUGAUAAUCAAGAACAAUAUUUGGUAGCCUUAAUCAAAGAACUAGAACAAAUUGGUGUGAGAACAACAAAAUCAUGUACUUUAAAAAUUGUCGGUGAAUAUAUUAGUUUAGUAAAUGGUGGCGGCGCUGUAAAUACUUCUGGUAAGUUUCAAAAAGAACAGAAACUAGAAAGAUCAAGAAAAGAAGGUUUCACAGAAGAGGUUCGCGUUGGAUGGUUCGAUAAAUUAGAGUCAAUAUUAACACAAAAUAAUUUGUUGAUACGUCCAGGUCAAAUUUACAAUGCUGAUGAGUCUGGUUUCGCCGAUUCUACACAAUGUGAAACUCUUAUAGUAUCGAAGGAAACUAUAACUAGUUUUGAACAGGCUGGCGGUAGUGAAAAACAAUUCACUACAGCUCUUAUAUGCUGCAAUGCAGUGGGUGAGGUAAUGCCACCAUUUAUAAUAUAUGCCGCAAAAUCUUUAACCAAAUUUGGACAAAUGGUGGGCCAAAUGUAUAUAUUUUCCAAUAAGUGCUUUCCGUUAUCUGGAACAAUUUUACUACCACGAAUGGUUCCGAACAAUAACAGCAGUUUAAAUGAUCAACUGAUUUCUCCAAUUAUAACAGUUUCAUCAAAAAAUGAUCUGUCAAGAUAUGAAGUGUCAUCAUCAGACGACGACGACAAUGAAAUGGAGUUUGAUAAUAAUCCUAUAACAACGAAAGCUCAUGGGUAUUACAAACGAGUUCCAACUAAAUCUUAUAAAAACUACUCAGAUAUUUUAAAUCUUGACGAUUUUGUUCAAGUACAACAUGCACCCACAACAACAGCUGAAUUGUACAUACCCUCGCAAACAUCCCCAAAAUCAUAUACAAAUUUAAUAGAUGUCGACUUGAGCGAUUUACCGCCACCAAUGAGUCCUAAAUCUGCUGUUCGAUCGAUCAUCACGAAUGUUGUUCAGCAAACACCUCAAGCACCUCUAACAGUAAAGCCGAACAAUCGUAUUCGAGCAGAGCGUAAAUUCGGUGAAGAAAUAACUAAUGAAAAUUUAUUAGAUCAGUUAAAACAAAAAGAAGCAUCUAAACUUACACCAAAAAUAACUAGAAGAAGAGUAACAAAAAAAACGGCAAUAUAUCAUGAUUUUCCAACCACGAUCUCACCCGCUUCUUCUGCAGGUGUUACUGGUAGCACAAUUUCGUUUUCAACAGUAAUGCCAACUCCCAGUUCGGUUAUAAUAACACCUGCGUCUGCAGUGCAGUGA